GUCCGCUAUCUGUGCUCCGGAUGUAGUUUAGCAGCCAGCAGCUGUUGUUAGCCUGCAUCGUGAUUCAUGUUGUGAUUAAAGGACGCUGGAAACGAAAAUGUCAGGGCAAACCUUAACAGUGACAGUUGCUUACGGUAAGACGGUUUUAAAGGAUGUUACCCUAUUGUUAGGACGUGCUAGAUAGUCGUAAAAAUGUUAUUUACUGUAUAUAAAACUGCGGUGAAGUGGAAGGGAAAUGGUUAGCUAAUGUAGCUCUGAUAGCUUCAGCCAAACAUCUCGGAGUAACUCAGACGAAUCUUUCUUUGACAUCCAGGAUAAACUUAAUAGUUUAUUGCACUACACAGUGAGUCUGACCAUUUAGCUUUUGUUGUUUUACUCUGUUAUUAUGCAUCAACAAAAUCCACCUUGUGAAGAAUCAGUCACAAUGUCUGUCUCCCCCUCCAGGCUCUACAAAGCACAGUAUCACAGUAACUGGUCCAGAUGAUGGUCAGAGUCCCACAGUCAAAGACCUGGCAGAUGCUCUCACACAAGCCACCGGAGUACCUCAAACCUCGCAGAAACUCAUAUUUAAAGGUGGGCUAAAUGUCUCACUUUGUCUUCCACAGACAAAAAACCCUUAAGAUGUCAAACUCUCACCUUGCUUCAUUCAUCCUGGUGCUACAGGUAAAUCUCUAAAGGAUAUGGAGGAGAGUCUGACCAGCUAUGGAGUCAAAGAAGGCUGCAAACUCAUGAUGAUAGGCAAGCGGGUAAGGUUAUGUCUUACAUGUAAUGACAUUUUCAGCCAAACAUCAAACAUAUCACACAUAUAAGACACAUGUGCAAGAGUUUGAGAGUGUGAUCUAGAAACAGAACAGUCCAGAGGAAGAGGUGGAACUGAAGAAGCUGAAAGACAUCGAGAAGUCAGUGGAACAGACGGCUAAGAAGCUGGAGAAAGUAGACGGGGAGUUGACCGGGCUCAAAAAUGUACGUUUUCUAUAAAUUUAUUGAAUAUGUUUAAUUUCCUGCCUAUUCUGUGAUAUAUUUGUAUUGAAAUUAAAGGGAUAUUCUGGCGUUAAAUUGAUUUAGGGUCAAACACACCGUAACACUGAGUUAGACACCCCCCCCAAGAGAUGAAUGAUGCAGACCGUUUGCAGACCCUCAAUUAAUUUCACGCCGGAAUAUCCUUUUAAGCAUUUGAGCAUUCUUGAUUGUCUGUGAUUUCUCCUCUCAGGGCUUCCUGGCUAAAGACCUCCAGGCAGAGGCUCUGGGGAAACUGGACCACAGAGUGAAAAUAGCUGCAGAGCAGUUUAUGAAGAUCCUGGAGCAAAUUGAUGCAUUGGUGAUUAUCUAAACUAAGGUUUUUAUUGCUAUGUGCUUUUAUUUUUCAAAUCUCACCCUGAACUGUCCUUUUUUUUUAAAAAACAGACUCUCCCUGAAAAUUUCAGUGACUGCAGAAUGAAGAAAAAAGGCCUGGUAAAGACAGUGCAGGUAAACAAUUCAUCAGUGACACUAAAACCAUUGAAAUGAUUUUAAACUAUCAAGUAAUGUGAUUAUUUUUCAUCUGCAGGAUUUCCUGGCCCAGUGCGAUAAAAUUGAAGCCUGCAUAUCAGACCACCUGUCGAAGAUCCAGUCGAAAAAUCUUGCUUUGGCAGAGUAGAGCUCGAAAACCUCCAGAAUUUUGUGAUAUAAAUUGCUCUGUGAGCAACUGCAAAGUGUACAGAAAAAGUGGAGCAGCUCUUUGUCUAUUUAUUGUUGCUGUGGCGUGUGUGAGGGAGCCUCAUCCUGGAGUUUGAUGCAACAUAAAUCUUGGGUAUGUUUGCUGGAUUAAACACUGAUAUGAAGUGCCCCUUAAAAUAUUGACACCCUAAGUAGCACUAUAAAAGGAUCAGCGGUGCUUUGUUAUGUGGCAGAUCCUUUUUAAUGCAACCAAAACUCGAGCUCAGUAAAACUGCCACAGUCAGUGAUUAUCAGAGUUAUCCAUAAUGAUGUCAGAAAACUGCUCUCAGUUUAUCACCCAAUACCUCAUGAACUGUAUAACGUCAAGAAAACACGAUUUGUUUUUCUUGCCAAUGUUAUAUUCCAUCAGUUGAGUGUAUCAUAUGGCAGUUUUUACUUGCAUGGCCAAAAGUAUGAGGACAAACAUGAGGAACCUGUUCUUAGAGGUUCAUUAAGGACUGAUAAUGUACUUGUUUUAGGUAAUGACAUAGACUCAAAGUUGUCUUAAUUCGGCUCAGAUCUGAUGGUCAGACUGUGUGUGCCAUCAUCAAGCAGGGAAGACCCUGUCCUGCGUAUUGGUCUGUAUAUACUUGUGGACCUUUUUAUGUUGUUGCAGGAAGGGUAAUCUUGUCUUGUUUUUGGUGUGAAGGCCUCAAGACAUGUGAAAAGUAUUUAAUUUGUUUAAUAGAUCAUGUGAACUUGAGCCCAAAGCAUAAAAAAUAAAAUAUGCAAUGCAGUUCACUUACUUUUGGCCAAAUAGUGUUUGUAUUUGACAUUGACAGUCAGCACCUUUUGUUUAAUCCAGUGAUAUAUCUGUGUCAUGUAUUAUGUAGCUUUGAAAAGAUUGUGAACUGUGGAAUGGGUAUAAAUUUAAACCAUGGACACAUAUCUAUUUUGGUUUUAAAAUAAAAACCCUUUUGAAAAAUGAGA